AUGACUACAGCAGGCGCUGGCGUGACGCCGGCCUUUAAGAUCGACGACUCACGAUGGGUCCACGAACGCGUCCGGGUCGGGGACAACGAGCCCGCUUCUCCAUCGCUCGAAGACGGCAUCUACCUGCACACUAUCGCGUGUCCUCCGCCUGAGGGGGAAGCAGCGAAGGGGACGGUUCUGCUCAUCCAUGGAUUUCCACAGACGUCCUAUCAGUUCCGAAGAGUGAUUACGCCUCUGGCAGACGCUGGCUACCAUGUCAUCGCGCCAGACUACAGAGGAGCAGGAAGCAGCAGCAAGCCGUGGAAUGGGUACACGAAGGAAGUCAUGGCGAAGGAUCUGCACAACCUCGUCAAGCACUUGGGAGUCAAGGACAAGCUGCAUUUGGUGGGACAUGAUAUCGGCGGCAUGAUUGCGCAUUCCUACGCUGCUCAAUUUCCGGACAACGUGGCCAGCAUAGCACAGGGUGAGAACCCGCUGCCAGGCACUAAAGCAUACCACAGCACAAAGAGUUCCAUGCAAGUCUGGCACUUCACCUUCCAUUCCGUUCCCGACCUCCCCGAAGCCCUGAUCCAAGGGCGCGAGCGAAUUUACCUGAAACACUUCUUCGACCGCCUCGUACAGAACCCCGAUGCCAUCAGCUCCCACGAUUUGGAUGUCUACGUCACAGCUUACGCGCAGCCAGGCGCCAUGCGUGCAGGCUUGAAUGUUUACAGAUGCUUCGAGAAAGACGGCGAGGACAAUGUCAAGCGAAUAGAAGAGCAUGCAAAGUGCCAGGUCAGGUCACUUGCCCUGUGGGGCGGGCAAAGUUUUGCUAAUGAGGAAAUGGCAACGAAUAUGGCGAAGGAGUUCUACAAUGAUGUCGAAUUCGUGGCUAUACCUGGCGCAGGACAUUGGAUCGCGGAGGAGAAGCCCAAGGAAUUCGUGGAGACUCUACUCCAGUGGUUUGAGAAGAUUUAG